AUUUAUGGUGAAGAUUGAUAAACAAUAAAGCUAUCCCGUUUUUGACGAAGCUGCUGUACCCAGAGAACCGAGUUUUUCAGAUAUUGUACCAAUAAAUGUAACAAACCAAAUGCACUAUGAAGCCGAGCCUUCCAAAGAUUCGCUGCACCUUGGCCCAGAAGAUGGCGCUGAUAGACUACAUGUGGGACCACCGUCAGCUAGCCAGAUACGAGUACGAUCCGUACACCGCGGAUACAGAGUGGUUUCGCCUGGCUGAGACUCUUAACCAGAGUGGGUCGGUCAAAACUGUGGACAAAUGGAAAGUUACUUGGCGGGACCUUAAAAGGAAAGCUUUAAGGGAAGUCCAAGUGGCUGAACAAAAUAAUACAAGUGCAAGUGAGGCGGCUAUGAAAAUUCGAGAAAUUUUAAACCCUAGGCAGCACGGGAAUCCUGAAAAUUCUCCGUCACCACAUACUUCAAUUCACCUCACCCUUGAAGAUUCUUACCAAGGCCAGGAAUUGUCGGGUGACCAGGAUCAGAGCCAGUAUGUGGAGCCGGAAGACCGAUCAGCUAAUGAGUUGGAGGCUAUUGAGUGCACUCCGGACUUCAGUUCGGACAGUUCUCCCAGCAGCUCGCCUGUCCUGAGAUCUAUGACUAAAUUACGCAGCAACCCAGAUCAAAUCAACGCUUUGGUAGAUUGCAUGUCCAUAAACACAGGCAUGGCGUUCGGCAUCCAGAACACGCCCAACAAGAUCGCGGACUGGAAGAGAUUACGGCAGCUAUUGAAUAGGAUGGGGCCUGCGAAACGGACGGCGGCUUGGCAACACUCGUGGCGAGACCUAAAACGGAACGCUUUAGAAAGAAACAACGCAAAGACAAAAAAUAAAUCGGUGAUAACACAAAAAAUCGUACAAAUCAUCGAAGCGCACGCACAAGGCACAAAUUCAUUAAAUGGUGUUAAUGCAGAUGACGAUUUACAUUUACGUUUACCACCGCAAGUCAAACAUCUCCUUCAGGCAGAAACCGUUAAAGAAGCUUCUUCAAAUCAAGUGUCCCCUGUACAACGCGACGUGUCCGCCCGAAACUUGGCCCCGUUGCGACAAUCUCGGCAACGUUUUAAACAAAAAACGCGUUCAACCAACUCCCAAAUAUGCGCGUUAGUGGACUACAUGGAGAAACAUCCCGCUCUGGCCGUAGCGAAAUCUACAGCUGGGGAUACCCAAUGCCCCAACAUCGCGGAGUGGCGAAGGGUCGCCAAUUACCUUAACAGAAUGGGCAAUACAAGAAGAAGCUUUAUGUCUUGGAAACGAACAUGGCGCGACCUUAAGAUAGCUGCGAAAAAAGAACCGACUAACGAACGGAAUUUUAAUAUAAAUCAAAGAAUACUUAAAAUUGUAGAAAAGGCAGCAGAUACACAACAGGACGAUGAGUUUGACAUGAAAACUGUAGAUAUAGACGCCCUAUCGUUCACAGCCGACUUUGACCAAAUGUCUCCUGGACAACACUCUGGCCGUUCCUCGCCGGUGCGAAGUGAAAAUGGACAAUCAGAUCAAGAUGGACCAUCGAAAAUGACGUAUAAAAAAACACGCUGUACCAACGCCCAAAAACACGCUUUAGUAGACUACAUGUCUACCCACCCCGCUCUAGCCACGUCUAAGUUCAUAGCGGCGAUCGACGGCGAUCCGCACUACGCUGAAUGGAGACAGCUCAGCAAGUAUCUGAACAAAAUAGGGACCGCUAAAUCUACUAUCUCUUGGAAACGGACGUGGCGAGACCUCAAACUAAGCGUUCUGAAGAAAAAAUAUUCUAACGAAACGCUUUUAGGAUUAGACCGGAAAAUCCUAGAUAUCUAUGAAAAGGAUCCCAUCGAGUUAAACAUUGAAACUGAGCUAGAAUUCGACUCACUACCAGAUCCAACCGACGGUAUGCCUGUCCUGUACUUAAAAUCUCCACAACAUACGAAGCCCGACAUGAUACUAUGUGUCCCUUCUCAUGACGACCCUGCCAACCAAGAGUCUGAAAAUAGCCCUAAACAAGGCCAAAAGUCUCCUGGGCAUGUAGAAAUGUCUCCUGGGGAACGAAGCCGUGAAAUGUCUCCUGACCAACGAAGUACAGAGUCCUCUGUACAUUCCGAUCGUGGUUCUCCGGUGCGAAAUGAAAAUGUAAAUAAGCAAGAUAGUUCGUUAAAGAAAAAUGGAAGAAUUCGUUGCACACGAACUCAAAUAACCGCCCUCGUCCGCUACAUGGAGCGCCGGCCCUCCCUGGCGCGAGCGAGGUCCAAGUACCCGUACAGCGCGUUAGACCCGCACUUCGAUGAAUGGCGGCGGCUGUGUAGAUAUUUGAACAAUGCUGAUACAGGUGUGGCCGCUAAGAGCAUUACUGGUUGGAAGUGUACAUGGCGGUCGUUAGUAAUAAACGCGCGAAGAAAAGACCGCAAUAGAAGCAGAUGGAACGACAGGGUUUCUUCGAAAAUACUACAAAUACUUAACGAAAAUGAUCCUGAAGCCAACGAGAAAAAUGAAGGGGAGCAUGUCACACAAUCAAACGAAGAAUACAUAUAUUCACCAUCAUUAUCGCAAAGCGUAACACCUGAUCCUCUAAAAUGUGAACCCGGUGAGGACAUAGAACACAGUCGAGAAGAAAAUGCUGAACUUCCUAAACAACGUGGUUCUAAAAGGCAAGUACCACCGCCCACACUGUUAAGAGCCCAUCAACACGCAGCUCAAAUCUUCAAAUAA